AUGGUUCGACUUGAAUCUCUGGUGUUUUUUGCUCAACUUGCAGCUUUCACAACUGCCUCUCCCGUUCAAUCGACCCAAGGUCCUCAGAACAACGAUGCGAUCUCGAAAAGAGAGAACUGGAACCUCGAUGACUUGAACAAAGAGUUCAAAGGGAUCUUGUGGGAUAAUGCUUUCAAGGAUUGCAACGCGGGGCAGCUCGACAAGCUUAUCUACACUACUCGAGCAGCGAUGUCCAUGCUGGAUCUACCCUUUGGAGACCCAGAGAAGAAGAAGGAAUACAAAUAUACGCAAGGCUGGAAUCGCUACUUUGGGGACUAUCAGUGGUGGCUGAGUAACGGAUUCCAAGAUAUUGAAUACGCGACCCAGAUUGAGCACAAUCUUGUCCAAGUACAAAAGUACCCCAGAGAGGGACAUUCUUCCAGCACAAGUAACGCAAAGAAAAUUCACUUUACCUGCAAUUAUAAGGCGCAAGUCGACGGAGAAAAGCUCUGUAGUUCUGGUAUCACUGGUGCUAUCACCGUUGCUCCUCAGGGUAGUUCCUUCGAACGCUGGACCAUCGCAUUUUGCCCGUACUUCUUCACAUCGGAUAAGCUGAAAUAUCUCGAGGACAGAACCAAAGGAGAGAAGACAACUUUCGCUCAUAUUGGUGACCUGGAUACAUACGAGCGCGUACUUGCUCAUGAGCUUAUGCAUGUCGACAUCGUCAGCUACAAGCCAAGACACAUUGAGGAUGUGAUUGGAAAACUGACACCAGGGGGUGCAGACCUUCAAAUUUACGGGGAAGGUCGUUGCCGUGAUUAUGCUCGUCGAGACAGGCCUAAAGCGAACACUGCGGUCAGACACAAUGCGGACAACUACUCAUGGUUCUUCCUGUACUACUGGUUCGACGUAAAGUGGGAAUGGAGCAAAGCGGGCGCCAACGCCGACGAACCGAAAACCAAUAACCAAAACGUUGAAGUCGCGUCUACCAGUUUCCCAAAGAACGAACGCGAUCUCCAGGGUUCUACUGGAAUGCCUUAUGGUUGUACAAGGCACUUCCUCCCAUUGGAUUCCCAUUUCCAUCCAGUGGUUAAAUGCGAUUAUGUUGGUGGAGACUUCACUUCCAAAGGGGGUUGCGACCUGACUGACCAAUGCCGCAAGCCAUUUGCUAAUGGAAAUGCGGUUGACCCGGCUUGUGUCUGUACCUGCGAUGGCAAGCAAACGCCCUUACGAGAUGAUAAGUGCGCUGGCUUCGCUGGAGCACUUCCUGGAAGACCAUCCCCACCAUGA